AUGCUUUAUGAGCGAUUUUCCUUUGUUCUUCUCUGCAUCGUCACGGGCAGCGAGGCCAUCGCCAGACCUCCCCAACAACACCAACCGUCGCACGGUAUCGAUUUCGCAAAGUAUCGUGUCAAGGAAAAUUCCUUUUACCACCGACCCGACAACGAACUACAUAGAUUGAAGGCCAGGGAUGGUCUCAACCCCGAAAGCCAUGGAAUUGACUUCUACAAUGACAUCGCUGCCGCUCUUGUCAAAAAAGUCGCGCCUGGAGCUGAGUUCCGCAUCAAGGAUUGCUCCUACGUAGACGAGCUGGGGCAUGCGUACGUUUACGCGGCGCAAACGCUGCACGGUAUGCCCAUUAACACGGCCCACAUCAAUGUCAAUAUGCGACGCGACGGCUCCAUCAUCUCAUACGGCGAUAGCUUCGUUCGAAACCUAGCACCGCAGCGCAAUCCGCUCGUGAAGCGUGAAUUCACCGAUGGUAUUGAAGCCGCACACCAUGUCACGAAAAGGCUGCAACUCCCGAUUCGGGUUUCUGGCGCUGCCGUUGAGCGCCUUGAUGGCCCCGAGACUUAUCGCGUGAAAGCGACGGACAACACCGGCCAUUUGAAGGCAAGCUUGCGAUAUGUCCCGGUCGAUGGCACUCCGAAGCUCGCCUGGUGCAUAGAGGCCGUCUCCGAGGGUGGGUGGCUGGAGACUUGCGUCGACGCCAACGAUCCGCAAGAGAUAAUCUCCAUCGUGAACCCGAACCCGCACGCCGAGCCCGCGGAUGACGCAAAGUACAAGGUUAUUAAACGCCCAGCAAAGGACCCUUCCGAGGCCCCACCUCGCGUUGCCAAAGAACCCAUUGCACAGGCACGCGACUGGAGUACUGAAACAAACAUGAAGGGUCGCAAGUUGGUCUUGGGAGGCAACAACGCGCGCAUGUUGAUCGAGGGCGUACGCUACCCCAUCAGAGCUCGGGGCAAGGACGGUGAGACCUUCAACUUCCGCUACAAUGAGCGAAAUGCAACUUCUCCGGAAUCAGUCCAGGCCUGCGCCACGAACGCCUUCUACGUCGUCAACGACAUGCACGACACGUCGGCCAAGCUGGGCUUCACCGAAGAGGCAGGGAACUUCCAGGCUUCCAAUGACAAGGUCCGAGGUGGCGGGGGCGAUCCGGUCGACAUCAACGUGGUGUAUACCAGCAGCCAGGGCACAGGCCCCAACUUUAUGGCAUACCCAGACGGCCAAAGUCCACGCAUGACUCUUUCUCUGCUCGGGAACGAAAAGGCUCGCCUUCCCUGCAUGGACAACGCUGUUAUCAUCCACGAAUUUGUACACGGCGUGUCGAUUCGUCUGACGGGCAGUCGUGACAACGCAGGCUGCCUUCAGGGAGGUGAAGGUGCGGGCAUGGGAGAGGGCUGGUCGGACUUUAUCGCCCUGGCGAUGCUGCUCAAGCCCACAGACACGGCCAAGACUCCGAUUCCCCUCUCACCCUGGCUCACUCGCAACCCGAGGGGACUGCGCUCGCACCCAUACUCGACCGACUUCGAAACCAACCCAUUAACGCUUGAGGACGUGGCGGCUCGGCAGGAACCGCACGACAUGGGUGAAGUGUGGGCCACCAUGCUCUUUGAGCUCAUGUGGAAGGUUGUUGAACAUAAGCCUGUUGAAAACAGCACGGUUCCACGGUUGGGUUCGAAUAAAAUUGCGACAGAUGGGAGGUACUUUGCCGUGCAGGCCGUCAUGAACGGCAUGAAGAAGCAGCCUUGCAACCCCGGGUUCUAUGAGGCCCGAAACGCAAUCAUGGACUCGUUGGAAUCUAUGGGUGGCAAGAAUAUAUCCUGUGCUGCCUGGACUGCCUGGGCAAAACGGGGGUUUGGCGCAGGGGCACGGCGAGGGCAGGACCGCAGGGACCAGGGACGCCUCAGGGACCUGAGAUGCCGCAGGGACCUGAGAUGCCGCAAGGACCUGGUAUGCCGCAGGAACCGGGGCUACCACAGAGACAAGGUCCGCGUCCUGAGCAGUAUCCUGAUCCAUCAGGUCCUAUUCUUCUUCCAAUUCCCGAUCAACAAGGUACGGUCCGUGAGUCGAUUCCUGAUACCCAAGGAUCUGUUCCUGAGUCGAAGCCUGGCCCAUCAGAUCCGGUUCUUCAACCAAUUCCCGAUCCGCAAGGUUCGAUUCUUGAGUCAGUUCCUGAUUCCCAAGGUUCUACUCCAGAGCCGCAAACUCCGGAUCCUAGUCAGCCAAAUCCGAUUCCUGUUCCGGAGGAUGCGAACUCGUCUCGGCCAGCCCAGCGACCCAGGCCCGGGAACGGGAUGCCGGCGCCAUCUCAUGGCCCGCUCCCCUCGGGGUGGAAACUUCCACCGGGACAGUUCUCUUCGGAGGAUGUCCCACACGAAGGUGUCCAGGAAUCUCAAGAGCCUGCGCCUGAUCAGCGCGAACAGCCUGAACUGCCGUCCUCGAACCCGCCAAAGUCAGUCGAUGCAGCACGAGAUGGGCUUGGCAGCGUCCCUGGCGUUGGUCCACCUGGUCGGCGACGAUGGCUGGGGAAGAGAAGGUUGGCAGCGCAAGUGUAGGUGGAGGACGGUCUGUCGGGAACAGUCGAUCAAGAAAUGGCCUGUCGAGACCAAUUCAGUCUAA